CAAAGGUGGGGGGUAAGCAAGGAGUGUGGGAAGAAGCAAGGGGGAAGCCAGCCCUGCAGCAGGGUCAGGGAGGGGCUGCCCCCUGAGUCUUUUUCAAGAUGUCUGUGCAGCCAGAUAUUAUGCAAGGGGUGGAUACUCACAUGCAAUGGACACUCCAUGAAGUUUAUGGCUGCCCUGGAAGAGAGGGGAGGGGAGGGGGAAAGUUCACUGAAGGUCCCAUGCUCCUGGGAUUCCAGGGUGUGGAUAAACUGGCCCCAAUCCCAAAACUCACCCUUCCCGCCAGCCCUCUCUCCUCACUCUGUUCAUAUCUAACUGGCCCUCAAAUGGAAGAUCAUAGAUUUCCAGCAGGGAGAAAUGGAUUGACUCAAGCAAACUUCACAUAUCAGGUGCCAGCAGGCUGGGGCAGUCCCUGCGUUUUCCUCCUUUGCCGGCAAGUGAGAACUCCCUUGGUUCUCAAGGCCCCCUUUGCCACUUGUCCUAUUUUCCUGGGAGGGUCUGGCCCUGCUGUUCAUGGAAUUCGGAGGACUCCAGUUCCCUAUGUAGCCCCUUCCUUCCCCUGGCGCUGUUCAGGGGUCCAGCAAACCCCGCCACCAUAAGUCAAAGCAGAGAAG